AUCAGGAGUAUAAGUGGACCAGCAGCAAUCAUCUUACAGCGCAUGUGCGUUAUCAUUAAGCUCCGUUCUCACAUGCGAACAGUAAGCAUAUGCUCCGCGCCCGAACCCGGCAAAAGAAGUACUAAUGUUGGGGCAAACCAGCGGCAGAAUUUUCUCGACCAUGGCUGGUGGCUGGCUGUUUCGGGCACGGCAAGACCAGCCGAGCCGAUCAGGCCAAACCAAGGCACCGAUGCCUCUUCUGCGGCAAACCUUAAACAACCUUGCUAG